AUGGCCAUCGUCAAUAAUUACAACUUUCUAGUUGUUUUCUUCGUUACCUUUGGGUCGCUAACUUAUGGGUACAACUCCGCGAUCAUCGGCGCCGUGAUUGGGCUGCCUUCCUUUUUCGAGUACUUCAGUAUCGACAUCAAGUCUGACGAAGGGUCUCGAAUCACAGGAGCUACCAAUGGGUUGUUUGCUGGUGGAGGCCUUAUUGGGUGCUUCUUGAUCACGUAUCUGGCUGACAAGAUCGGACGAAAGAAAUCCAUCCAAGCUACAGCAGUUCUGUGCAUUGUUGCUGGUGCACUGCAAGCAGGAUCAGUGCAUAUAGCAAUGUUCCUCGUCGCUAGAUUCAUGAUGGGUGUGGGUGUCGGCAUGGUUAAUGUCAUCACCCCACUCUACCAAUCCGAAGUAUCUCCUGCAAAGUCAAGAGGUCGUUUGGUGGGCUCCCAUGGUUUCAUCCUCUGCGUCGGCUAUGGCCUGGCCGGUUGGACGGGCUAUGGGUGCUACUUCUUGAAGAGUCAAGUCGCACAAUGGCGUCUGUGCCUGGCUCUUCAAAUCGUGCCUCCUCUUUGCCUCUUGAUCGGCUCACCCUGGCUACCAGAAUCUCCUCGACAUCUUCUUGCCAAUGAUAGACAAGAAGAAGGAUUCGAAAUAUUGAAGCGACUUCAUCACACCCUGGAAGAUGUCGACUUCAUCACUGCAAGAGAAGAACUCUACCAGAUCCGUCAGCAGCUGGACCUUGAAAAGCGUGAGGGCUGGAGGCAAGGUUACAUACGCGGCUGGGUGUUGCUUUUCUCCAAGAAGUCCUACAGAAAGCGAUUACUGUUUGGGUUUUUAUUGCUAGGACUGGUUCAGUCGACAGGUUGUCUAGUUAUCAAUAAUUAUCAAGUGUUGCUCUACAAUGGCCUGAACCUGUAUGGAGCAAUGCCUCUCAUGUUGUAUGCAAUCUGGGACACAUGGGCCGCAUUCAUGAACUUCAUCAACGCAAUGCUGCUCGAUAAAGUGGGUCGCAUACCGAUCAUGGUUGUUGGACAGCUUGGCUGCUCGGUUUCUGUCGCAGGGUUUGCCGCUUGUCUUGCUCGUUAUGGCGGGACUGAUAAUAAGAUUGGCAACGGCUUCGGGGUCUUCUUUCUAUAUCUCUUCGUGACCUUCUUCGGAGGCAGCAUGGACGCAAGCUCAUACGUCUACGCCAGCGAGCUAUUCCCCACAUCGAUCAGGGCGCAGGGGGCAGGCUUCAGCGUGUCAGGGUUGUUCGCAUUCAGCCUGAUCUACACAAUGUGUGCUCCUGUCGCAUUCAACACAAUUGGGUGGAAGUAUUACCUCAUUUUCGUCAUCAUACCACUUUUCGGCGCGAUGGGAAUGUAUUUGUUCUAUCCUGAGACCAAGGGGUUGGCGCUGGAAGAAAUCGCAGCCAAGUUUGGCGAUGAAGUCGCUGUCGACCUGACGAAUCUCUCUGCUGAGGAAAGACUUCACCUAGACAAGACCCUGGUGAAUAGCGAGAUCAUGGAAUUCGAUCACAAGGUGUGA